UCUAUACUGAAAAGAGAGAGCUCAGCCGAAGCUCUGAACAAAUACUCGAAAGCUGCCAGCCGCGGAAGACGAGAUUUUUUGAUUUUCUCUGUUUCAAAUUUUGUUUUCUGCUUUAUUUAUCUCUUUGAGAUUGCUUUCUUCUUCCAAAGGAGAAAAAGAAACAUUGGAAUCGUAGAGAAUCGCCAUUGUUGAGAUCUUGUUUACACUUCUGGGAGAUGAAAUGAUAUCUAUGUUUGUUUUCUGUGGUUGAAGAGUAUUGUUUCUUGUUUCUUGUUUCAGAAGCCCUAAUAUGUUUCAGAGGUUAGGAACGAUCUUCUGAAAUUAGAAGAGAGAUCCUGGAAACGAUGAGGAGCGCUUCCGCGGCUGCAAGCACUUCGCUAAUGCUCUGCGGAUAGAAGGUGGAGGAAGAAGAAGGAGGUGUGAAACUGAAACUGCUCGUUCGAGCGACGUCUUAUCGGUGUUGCUGUGUUUAUAUAUAUAUAUAUAUAUAUAUAUAGUUUUUUUUUCCCGUUUUGGUUGAAGGACACGGAGGAAAAAUUUGAGAUGUUUCUGGUUCAGUUAUUUGUUUGAAAUACUGGAGCAAACGCUUCACUUCCUUUUGCUGAGAAAUUCUGGUUUCGUUCUGAACUUUUAGGGGAAUCGGGGGGAUCAGACGAUUUGAACUCCUUCCGUAUCAGAGAGGGAAAUAACAAGCUUCAAAUCUCGAGAAAACUCUGGUGUGAAAAUUCUACUUCUUCCCAUUGUUUCUUUUGCUUAUAUUCACGUAAGCUUCGGAUAACGAGGAAAAGGGGAGCAGAUGAGAAUGUAUUGAGGUUUAAAGUAGGAAAAUGAUCAGUCUACUGUUUCAGGCCAGUUGGUACUUGGUAGAUGGUAUGUCUUCAAAGAUUCAAUGUUUAUGGAUGUUUCUGAAACAAACAUAGAUUUUCUGCUUGUUGGAGUUUCCCAGGCUGAAAAGCAGAUCAUUAAGGGCGUUUGAGGUGGUUUACAGCACCGAUCUCGAAAGAUCAAUCUCUCUUGUGUUUAACGCUGCCUCAUAGUGAGGAAUGAAGGACAAAGAAGUUUGAGCUUGGGAAACACUAACCUAUUUCUUAUAUAUUUUCUGCGCCCUUGCGUUUCGGGAUAGUUGGAGGGGGUAACUUUGAAGAAGCAUAGAAUAGUGUGGUUAAUUUUUCCCCCACCUUCCGGGGCGGACGUGUUUGUCUUCUGAUCCUAAAAAUAGCAGGGUUACGUUUUGGUGGAGUUACCUUAGUUGUGAUGCCAGCGGAGAUAAAGCAACCCAACUCAGCUUCCUGCUUGCUGAGUACUAUAAUAUUAAGAAACUGCUUUCGUUUGAUCGUAGCUCUUUCUGGUUGAGCUACUGGAAUUUUUUUUCUGGCUUCUGCUACCUGUACUUCUCUGGUUUUGAAAUGAUGAUGGCCGUGACAUCGUCCUGCAAGGAGGGUAAAGCUGGAAUGGACAAUGGAAAGUAUGUCCGCUACACUCCCGAGCAGGUCGAAGCGCUUGAAAGGUUUUAUCAUGAAUGUCCAAAGCCCAGCUCCCUCCGGCGGCAACAACUUAUCAGGGAAUGCCCAAUUCUCUCCAACAUUGAGCCAAAGCAGAUUAAAGUCUGGUUCCAAAAUCGAAGAUGCAGAGAGAAGCAGCGGAAGGAGUCAUCACGCCUUCAAGCUGUUAAUAGGAAGCUGACUGCGAUGAACAAGCUUUUAAUGGAGGAGAAUGACAGGUUGCAGAAGCAGGUGUCACAGCUGGUGUAUGAGAAUGGCUACUUUCGCCAACACACUAGUACGGCCCUUGCCACCACGGAUACAAGUUGUGAAUCUGUGGUGACCAGCGGUCAACACCAUUUGACGCCUCAGCAUCCGCCAAGAGAUGCUAGCCCUGCUGGACUUUUGUCCAUUGCAGAGGAGACUUUAACAGAGUUUCUGUCGAAGGCCACUGGAACUGCUGUGGAGUGGGUCCAAAUGCCUGGGAUGAAGCCUGGUCCGGAUUCCAUUGGAAUCGUUGCUAUUUGUCAUGGUUGCACUGGAGUAGCUGCACGAGCCUGCGGUCUGGUGGGUCUAGAACCCACAGGGGUUGCAGAAAUCCUCAAAGAUCGGCCUUCAUGGUUCCGUGAUUGUCGAGCUGUUGAUGUGUUAAAUGUGCUGCCCACUGGAAAUGGUGGAACCAUUGAGCUGCUCUACAUGCAGCUCUAUGCACCAACAACAUUGGCACCUGCUCGGGACUUCUGGUUGUUGCGCUAUACUUCUGUACUAGAGGAUGGUAGUCUUGUGGUAUGCGAAAGAUCACUUAGCAACACUCAGGGUGGUCCAAGCAUGCCACCAGUGCAACACUUUGUGAGGGCAGAAAUGCUGCCGAGUGGGUACCUGAUAAGGCCCUGUGAAGGGGGUGGAUCAAUUAUACAUAUUGUUGAUCAUAUGGAUUUGGAGCCAUGGAGUGUACCAGAAGUGUUGCGCCCGUUAUAUGAAUCAUCAACCGUGCUUGCACAGAAGACAACAAUGGCGGCUUUACGCCAGCUAAAGCAGAUUGCCCAAGAAGUUUCUCAGCCAACUGUGUCCGGUUGGGGCAGGCGACCUGCGGCCCUACGAGCACUUAGCCAGAGGCUUAGCAGGGGAUUUAAUGAAGCCCUUAAUGGUUUUACCGAUGAAGGAUGGUCUGUGAUGGGAAGUGAUGGCAUGGAUGAUGUCACAGUCCUCGUGAAUUCUUCUCCUGGCAAAAUAAUGGGUGUUAAUCUUUCCUUUGCAAAUGGAUUUCCUGCUGUCAGCACUGCUGUUCUAUGUGCCAAGGCAUCUAUGCUUUUGCAGGUCAGGAUACUGAACUUGUGGCAUUUGACUGAAGUACUAUUAUCAAAUUACUGUGAAAAAUAUUAUGAAGUUUUAGCUGUAAAGCUGUUUUCGAGUGGAAUUAACAAUACACCUGAUGAAACCGUCAUUACAGUCAUAUGA